UCACAGCCCGCUACAAAAAAAAAAAAAAAAAAAAAAAUGACGAACUCGCUAUUGAACCUAUGCGAAAUAGCAUCAAAUCGUCUGUCUGCUGCUAGCUCGCCUGUCUCCCCCCCCCCCAUGAAAUGGGUCUUUGCCAUUCCUUUUCAGCUUAAAGUCGGACUGAAUGAAUUUAACCCUCGACAGCCCGGCAUCAAAUUGCACUUAGCGUUUGGGAGACAAAGGAAGCAGGGCGUGCACAUAUAUCCGCGGGCACACUCGUAAACAUACGCAGGUAGCCAAAGCCUCCAAGACGGGUUGCUCAUAGGCUUCAGGGUGGUGUUGUGGACUGUACCAUUUCUAACCAUAAGGGAGCGCACUGCUCUAACCCAUUUUCUGCCCAAUUAACUGGGCAACAACCGCACACAAGUCGGAAAAAGCAUAGGCCGAUUUAACUUCUGAGCAAAGGUGCCAAAGUGUCUUUAUUUUGUUAUUUAAUAACAGAGACGGGUCUUCUACGUCUUACGUCACGCAAGGGGCCUUUUCCCAGCCGCGCUCAAAACCAUCGCCCAAUAGGAAGAAGCAGAAUCCCCGAAUCCAGAAUUCUGCCCCACAUUCCGCGCGCAACACAGAGCAGCUCUAAAGACGCACCGAAGGGCGGAGGUUCCAUUCAGGACAGGGAUUCCAGCAUUCUCCGCGAAGUUCGACAGCAGCCGCCGGCAUUUACCGAGCGCAUGCGCCCCCGCAGCUCAGUCGCCGCCUGUUUCCCUAGCUACCGAGCGAGGGCGCUAGUGGAAGUCUUCAGACGGUCGUGCCCCGGAGAAUUAAAUUUCAGCCGAUGAAAUCCGGCAGCCUUUCUCGCUGUUGCGUUUAAGAAAGGAAAGGAAGAUCGGUGGAAAAAAACAGGCGAAGACGACGGCGACCUCCUAGGGGAGGAAAUUGUCCGAAGGGGACGACGAAGAGGAAGCCAAAGUCUGGCUCGUGAAUCCUUGCAGGACUGGGAAAAAGACGGACCCGCCGGCUGGCAGAUGCACCGACUUGGCGCUCGCCCUAGAGACACCGCUGAAUCAAACAUGGAAGCGCCAAAUAGAGACAACUGUCAGGCGAAUCAGCUGGCCAACGCUGCUGCCCGCGGAGAUUUGGAGACAGUCGCGGGGCUGCUGGAGAGCGGGGCGGACCCCAAUGCCAUCAACGGCUUCGGCCGGACUCCGAUUCAGGUUAUGAUGAUGGGAAGCGCCAGAAUGGCAGAGCUGCUGCUGCAGAGAGGAGCAGAUCCCAACCGGCCAGACCCCUCCACAGGUGCAACGCCAGCCCAUGACCUGGCCCAGGAGGGAUUCCUGGACACCUUAAUGAUCCUGCACCACUGGGGGGCUCGAUUUGAUCAGCUGGACAGAUGGGGCCACAGCCCGCUAGACCUGGCAAGACAGAAUGGGCAAAACCACGUGGUUGACUACUUACAAGAAUUAUCUGGUUGAAAUGUUUCAGUGUGAGACAUGAAGAAGCAGUAGAAAGACUAGAGCAGGAAAUGUUCCUGAAAAGUAAUGAAAAUAACAGCAAUAAAGACCAUGGUGGCUUGGACAGGCCUGGGGUGUUCACACUAGAUGCCGUUUUUUCCCUCAAGACUUAUGGAAAGACUAGAAGGAACAUGUUCUUUCCGACUGAAACUGGAAACUGAAAAACUGGAAAAAAAACUACUUUUUUUCAAGCUAUUCUCAUAAAAAAAAAAAAAACAUUGCCUGCAUCUAGGAAAUGUAUCAAUUGGGACAAUUGUGAGUUCUCUCUUCUAGCCUGCUAAUCUGACUGUACGUGUGCUCUGAUUUCCUCCCCAUUUUCCUCCCCCCCCCGCAAACAGAAUUGCGGCUCACCAUAGAAUUCUCCUCCAUCCCCUGCAUUGUAGAGCAUGGUUCUGAUGGUCUUAUGUUAAUUUGUCUUGCUUGUGCAAAAUAAUUUAUUCCUAUUUGGAGAAGAGAGGGGUUGAGGGACAGAAAGAGCUUCAGAUGAAGCACCCUUUCUGAUCUGCUUGGGAACACAAUGCUCCCACCUACACACACAUACACAUCUGGCUGUGCUGCGUCAUUUGGCUUCUCCUUGCAGACUUCUUCCAACAGACUCAACAGCUUGGCAGAGAUUUCAGCCCCACGACGGUGAAUGGCCAGAAAAACUCUUGUGUUCAGAGCAGUUCAGCUUCCCAAGCCAAGACCGGCCAUCUUGUCACCAACAGAAGAGAGUGCUGUCAACCCCGUGGUACAAAACAUUUUGUGGAGAUGAAUCCAAGUCAUUUCUGACAGCUCUCCUUUCAGGAAUGCUUGCAGAGGAGGUUCAAAAAAGACAAGAUGGCAGGUGCAGCCAUAUGAUCAAAUGCCUUUUCUACAUGUGUCGUUCAUGUGCGCCCCCCCACACACACAUACACACAAAAGAAGCAGGGCUUUGGCAUGCAGUUAUGGUUUCCCUCUUGCCUUUUUUGAAUCUGCUCCUGAAAUGUCCUCACUCCCUCCUUAAUGAUAAUGACUUUAGAUGGCCCACUACCAGGUCUGUGGCUUUGGGCAGCAGACGGAUAAAAGCAUCAAAUUUAGGGCCCUUCCCAUUCUCCGGCCAGAACAGUAGGAAUGCCUCUGCUAGAGAGUACCACAUGUAAGUGGUAAAUGAGUAACAAGUAACAAGUCCCAACAAGUAACAAGUCUCAUUUGGGAUCAUCAAAGUAAAAGAACCUACAUUGGGAAAAAACAAAACAAAACUUUCCACUUUUACUACUAUUGCUACAUCAUCAACAUCACUGCUACAUUCCUUAAACCAAGAUACACACACACACACACACACAUAUAUAUAUUUUCUUGGCAGGAAGAUGCAAGGGAACAUAGUGUGUUCAUCUUCUCUUGGUAUAUUAUAUGACAGUAUAAGAUUCAGUAUUCAAAAGCAACAGAAGUGCUUUUGAGCACAUAAGAGUGCUGUUAAUUCCUGAAAAUGCUGGGUUUCUGGCAGCUGCUGCUUAUGCUGGGUUUCUGGCAGCUGUUCUUGGCAGGGGUUCUGUGCAAUCCCAAAAUAAAACUGGUUUGAAUUAAGGAGCUGUAGACAUUGGCUACACUGAUACCCCUGUACGCUCUAGAAUAUCUUUUUGCCUUCUAAUCUGACAUGCCACACAGCCUUUGUAAAUCAGAGACUAUAAUGUGAUGCAUAAAUACCUGGGAAUUGUAGUCUUAAAAGAUAUGGGGGAGGCUAGAUUAUAACUUGUCAGUGGAAAAUAAUGAUGCUAUUUUCUGUAACAUUUUAAAUGACAAUUAACAGGCUAUAGUAUCUUUUUGGAAA